AUAGGUCAGUCGAGUUUCGACAUCACAGUACCAUUUGAGAUUCAUCUUCACUUGGUUUGGAGUGCUCAGACAAACAUACAACAUGAAACUGUUCGUAUUCGCCGCCCUCGUCGCCGUAGCAGCUGCCGCUCGCCUGGAGCACCUCGAACGGCGCGCAUACCUUCCCCCAUUCCAGGGAAGCAACUCUGCUGGAUCCUUCGGCUCUCAAUCUCAGGGUUCUUUUGGGUCUAACGGUGCUUUUGGCUCAGCUGGUGCAGACCAGGGCCAGAAUGGUGCUUUCGGUCUGGCUACAUCCAACAAAUACCUGCCUCCUGACCACAGCUCUUCCAACGGUGCUCCCCAGUUUUCUGGUUCCCUGACCGGUUUUGGCUCCCAAAACUCCCAAGGUCAACAGUUCGGCCAGCAAGGUUCCCAGUACACCAUCCCUAGCACGGCUUACGGAACUCCUCAGCUCUCCAACUUCGGAUCCCAGUCGCAGUACUCCCAGCAGACAGGAGCCAACCAGUACCUGGCCCCAAGGCCCAGUGCCCUGGAGAACCCCCCUCAGCAGGCUUUCGACGAGGAAACCGGCUACCAUUACUAAGUUCUUCGAUAGUACAUGAUAUAGUCAAUUAGUUUGUUAAUUUACAUAAUCAUAAUAAAAUCUGUAUGUAAUUAUUU